GAAAGUUUCUUAAUAGGAGCUUUAGAUUUAGAGGCUUUUGAUUUUUGAGUCUUAGGAGAAAUUUUAACUAGUUCUAACUAGUUCUAACGAACUUUAAACAGCUGAUCCUCAUUAGAAUAAGUCCUAUCUUUCCGACCACAACGAAGGCUAUGAUCCCCGUGACGUUUGACGAGAAAUCAUGAAGGUUUUACCAAGUAAAGUGGCUUUCUUUACUUUUGAGGUAUUUCUUUUGAUUCUGGCCAGUCUUAUUGGAUCUACUAUGAUAUUAGAAGCAUCAUUUUCUUCAACCUUUAAGGGAUUAUUAGUUUUCUUGAACUUUACUGGGAGUAAUACUACUUCGGUACCUUUUUUAUUGUCAUCAUCCACAUUCUGUUUUUUUUUUGAUCGGACGGUAUAAUGCCAUAAUUUCCAUUUCUUUUUGUAUUUUAAUA